GUCGAUCAGUCUUCGUCGGUUGCUUAGACGGUUCGGAAGUGCGCUGCUCUCACAAACUCACAAAAAGCGUGCUCUGUGUCUUUUGGCUGCGGGGGCUUCUGCAUCGCGAACGACGUUGUGUUGUUGGUGUAGUUGUUCGAAAACAAGUUGCAUUGUUGGAUAAAACGGCGACACAAAACUACAUGCGUGAAAAAUUACAUAAUUUUUAAAUGAUAUACUAGUGUGUUGUGUGGUGCUCUGAAGAAGUACAGCUGAGAGGCUCUGUCGUUGACAUUGCUUGAAACGAAAUAUUUUAGUGUGAGACAUCUUAUCAAUGAGAUCUUCGAUGAUUCAUUGAGAGAUACUAGGUUGAAUAUGUACGAUUUUGGUGAAUGUUCAAUGUAACUUUUACCACCAAAUUAAUGUAAAUCAGUCAUUAACGCGCCUUAUAUGAGAGUGACAAAAAGUUCAUUUAAAAAGUUGAAUGCAAUCGAUCAGUGGCUAAAACAAAGGAAAAGGCACCAAAAAGUGUAUUUCGUUGUCGAUGUAAUAAUACUUGAAGUGAAAGCAACAUGUGAAAGCAGAUACGCGUCUCCGGGCCUUCCACCGAUUCCACGAUUGAAGGAAAAAAGUCAGUUGUUUACAUUUUGCGCUUGAGCUUUUAUUCACCCGUCGAAUCCGUUGAUUUGAUCUUUUAUUUCGUUUUGUUCGCGUACCGAUACCCUAAAAGUGAAGUAUUUUUCAAAUAAAGAAGAAAAAUUUCAUAGACGAAAAAAAGUGUCGAAGAUCACUGACAUUUUUCCUCUAUCCUUGGGCAGUGAACGGUAACCGUGGCAACCCAAGUAAGGGAUGAAAGUGAGGCUGCGUCACGUUUUAUAAAUGAAAGGCACCUUGUCCAGCCUACUAUUGAAGUCGAUUGAGUUGAGGGAAAGAGCCGUGAUAGGAGCAACCCGAGUAGCAACUUCAGCAGGCUGUUGCAGUUUAUGUCCGUCGUCCCCCUGGUGGUGUCCCCAAGUGACUGUAUAGAUCCGCGUAAAUGAUGUUAUUGGCAAAAGCUUUGCUGGUGUGCUGUUUUACGAUACUCGCCGAACUCAGCGUGAUUGAAGCUUUUCAAAAUAACGAAUUCAUCAAUGAUCUGUUGGAGGAGCGAAGGCAUUACGAAGCUGCUCAAAAAUCCAUCGCUGAGUGGAGAAGCGCACUUGCAAGAAACAGGAAGAAACGAGCUGAUAAAGUUGUCUGCUAUGGAGAGUUGGGGUGUUUCGAAGAAACUGCAUACCUGGAAAUGCUUCCAUCGCCACCGGAGGAAAUAGACACGAAAUUUUUCGUUUAUUCUGCCAAGCACCGAAGCGAAAAGCCCAUCCUGGAGUUUUUCUACGACGAGAUAGCGAAAACGAAUAACGGAACGACACCACCUCCGCCAACACCCGCUCCGACUCAAUCGACAACUUCGAAGGCAACCAAUGGAACGACACCGGUCAAGCAUCGCUAUGCACCGCAAAAAAUCUUCGAAAAAUUCGGAAGCUUGGAAAACGUGACGGCCAGGGCAAUCAUACACGGUUUUGGAUCGAGCUGUACGCACGUCUGGGUCUAUGAGAUGCGGACGGCACUCAUGGCAGUGGAAGAUUGCAUUGUUAUAUGCAUGGACUGGGAGAACGGUGCCACGCUGCCGAAUUACGUCCGAGCGGCUGCCAACACACGUCUCGUCGGGAGGCAACUAGCCUAUUUGUUGAAGGGACUUGAAGAACAUAAUAAACUUAACAUGUCUCGAGUUCAUUUGAUCGGUUUCAGCUUAGGUUCCCAUGUGGCCGGAUUUGCCGGAAUGGAACUCAAAGGUCUGCAGCGCAUAACGGGGCUUGACCCUGCGGGGCCACUCUUCGAGGCACAGCACCCACAUGCCCGACUUGACGAUACCGAUGCCGGCUUUGUGGAUGUGAUCCACUCGAAUGGAGAAAAUUUGAUUCUCGGCGGUUUAGGCUCAUGGCAGCCAAUGGGCGCCGUUGAUUUCUAUCCGAAUGGCGGGCGUGUGCAACACGGCUGCUCGAAUCUCUUUGUGGGCGCCGUAACCGACAUAAUCUGGGCUCCUCCGGCUUCGGUUGAAGGACGCUCACUAUGCAACCAUCGAAGAGCUUAUAAAUUCUUUAUCGACUCAGUGGCACCAAAAUGCUUGUUCCCUGCAUUUCCUUGUGAUAGUUAUGAAAAUUUCCUAAAAGGAGAAUGCUUCUCAUGCAGCCGAUCGGAAAACGGAACCGAGUCAUCCGUUUGCGGAAACAUGGGAUAUUAUGCGGAUCGAUCAAUUGGACGAGGUCAGCUGUACCUGAAGACGCGCGAAGAGGAACCUUUCUGUGCCCAUCAAUACAAGCUGGAAAUCCAAAGCUCCCCCAAUGAGCUGCCUUUGCGUACACUUGGACGACUGGAGGUGGAAUUAGAAAGUGACGGUGGUCUGACGGAGGUGUUCACCAUUACCGAGAAGGACGAUGCUGAACUUUUCGCAGGAGAAAUGAUUUCGCAAAUUCUUGUGCCGCAUCCUGCGUUGGGCUUUCCGAAGAACAUUACGCUAACCUACACGACCUACAAAGGAUGGCUCACAAGAGGAUUAUCUUCGUGGAGCAUUAACAAAGUUGUUCUAAGCGACGGAUUUGGAAAGAGCUUUUCUCUGUGCAAGCAGAUGCAUUUGGACUCCAAUUCCCCACUGCACAUGACGCUCUUACCUGGGGAGUGUGAAGAUGAAGACGAUUACAUCCACCAGCAAACCGAUGAAGAUCAUUCAACAGAUUCUCCAGAGGAGAGCGAUGAAGGUGAUGACUAUGACGAUUCUUCCAAGGGACAAAGCAACGAAAGAAACGACGUCAACCCACAUGCAUAUGCUUCGCAUGGAUUCCGUGGUAAAGGACCCCAUAUCGAUUAUGACAAAAAUAUAGACAACCAGCCGUGGCAACCGAUUGUCAUUGACCUACCGAGAAGUUAUCGAAAUACGGAUACAAACAGCUCAUAUCCAGUGUAUAUCACUCCUUCCACAACGAAUCCCCCUACGACCACAAGAGAGGAGAUUAGUGAACCAAUUUUGAAGCGAGUUCAACAUGAGCCACGCAAGCUACAAAACAAAAGUAACGAUCGCACCAACGAUAAGAGAUCAAUUGAAACGCCCCCUAGCAAGGACUCGACAGCUACAGCACCACCACCGCCACCACCUCCCACGACGGAUAACAAAUUGAUCACCGUGCAGCUGUUCCCUUACAGAUUUGCGAAUGUUUUCGAAAAAGCAGAACGAUACGCAAGACUGACCUUAUUGCCAUUACUGACGGAACAAUUUCCACAGUUUUUUAGAACAACCAAGCCAGAUGAUGAAGAAACCCCACUAGAGAAUGUAGAGUUCAAUGAGACGGAACCAAUCCCAAGUCCCACAAUGUAUAAAACGAACCGGACCAACAAGUCAGCAGUAGUAGAUAGGCGGUCCGAUUCUCAUGUCACAACAGUCAGUGAAUCACACGGAGAGCAGAGAAAUUUCAACAGUGGAGAUAAGCUGGACAUUCUCCCGCCCAGUACCCGCAAAGCUUAUAUCAGCGAAGAUGCCCUAUUCGACAUGCACCGAAUAGAGGAGUCCAGCACUAGAGUGGAGGAUGCAUCUCGGCGGAACGACGAUGUCGACGAUCAGGAGGAAACCAUUCGGAUAGACUUGCCAACCUUCAGACCUCCAAAGUCGAGGAUGAUACCGCUUGACCAACAGCAAUCGAGAUUCAUCCCACUGAACUACAAGGACAGCAACCAGGAGCAAACGACAAGCAGCAUAAGCAACGUGAUGGGUGAUAUAAAACCAAAUGAUAGCAAAAGCUGAAGGAGAGAGAAAUUGUGACAGUAUUUAAUUAUAUGUAAUUAUCGAUAAGAAUUAACGAUUUAAUUAUUAGCGAAAUUAUACGUACUUUAAAACGUUUGUUUCUA